AUGAAAAAUAAUGAAACUCGUCCCACUGGAUCUGCUCUAUUCCCUGAAGCGAAUGUUGUAGCAGCACAUGAUCAGCCUGAAAUAAGGCAAAAUUAUUAUCGCGAUCGUGGUCGAGGCUAUGGUCGUGGAUGUGGGCGAGGACGUGGCAGAGGACGAAAUAAUUAUCGUCAUAAUGGUGGAAAUAAACAAGAGAAUAAUAAAGGUUCUCAAAAUAAUCCUUCAAAGGGUAAAAUUAAUAUUUGUCACCGAUGUGGAAUGGAAGUUCAUUGGGCACGUGUUUGUCGUAUGCCUGAUCAUUUUGUCAAACUUUAUCAAGCUUCCUUUAAAAGAAAAGAAAAUGAUGUGGAAGUACACUUGACCUUUCGAGGUGAUGAUGAUGAAGCAGCUCCAUCAAAUACAUAUGAUGAUUCUGAGGCAAAUUUUGCUUACAAUGAUGAUGACUUUAAGGGUCUCUCAGAUAUUAUCCAUUUGAAAGUUGAAGAUUUCUAUGAGAACAUUGAUUGA